UAUCUUCCUUUUCAAACACAAGUCAAAUUCAUUUCAAAUUAAAACAUCAAUUUAGCCUCAAAUCUUUUGUGUUUAAAAAUGGGAAGAGGUUUAGUUGGAAUAUCAAAUGCUAAGGAGAAGCUUAGAAGAACAAUUUCACCAAGAAAUGGAAGCAUUUCAUCUACUACAAAUGAUGUACCAAAAGGACAUUUUGCAGUUUAUGUUGGUGAAACAUAUAGGAGAUUUGUUGUUCCAAUUUCUUACUUGAAUCACCCUUUAUUUCAAGAUUUGUUACAUUGGGCUGAAGAAGAAUUUGGGUAUAAUCAUCCUAUGGGAGGUAUUACAAUUCCAUGUAGUGAAGAUUACUUUAUUAGUCUCAUUUCUUUACUUAAGUCAUCAUAGACUCUAAAGAAUUGUAAACUUAUUUCAUCUCAUAGUCUUAGUGAUUUCUUUUUUUUUUCCUCUACCAUUUGGUAUCUGGAAUUCAUUGGUCCGAUUGAUCCGGAUUUAUGCAGCAUAUAAAGAUCUUCAUUUUUCUAUGAGGAGUUACUUUAUUUCUAUGGCUCAAAUCUGAGACAUUUGGAUUGAGAGAGCUCGACUAAGUCAGCCUCGAUCUCUUCAAUUUUGUAACAUGGACUAUUCCCAAUGUAAUAUGUAUAUUCAAUAUUCAAAUAAUGUUUUU